GUCAUAACAAUGCCUACCCUCAAUGGUCGUCCUUAUCACCUUACAAUGGCUACUAUUUCAUCUUUUUACAAUGAGCCUUCCUAUCAACGUGCUACAUCUCCUCCGCCACCACAACCAGAAGAACAAGAAAGAAUGACUCUACAGAUGGCAAGAGAACGUGCAGCAGCAACAGCAGCAGUAACAACAUUCACAACAUCAACAAACACAUCAAAUAUACGGUCUGGUAGUAUUCGACAAAUACCAAGAAUCCCUAGACUUCGACGACCUCUUGUCGCCACAGAAGCAACUGAAGAAGACGAACAAGAUAAUGAAAGAGUAUCUAUUCCUUAUCUACAACAUAUGAGUAUCAGUUCUGCCAUCACCACUACAGCUGCCGCCCAACAACGACGACGACGACAACGUUUACCUUCAUCACCACCACAUGAACAUUGUUUAGAUCCUGUCGAUCUAAGUGCCUUAUUUGGCAAUACCUGCGACUAUUCAUCCUUGACGAAACAGCAUGAAAAUAGUUAUGAUUAUCUGGAUUUUCGAUUGAAGCUACCAAAGAUCCAUCCAACAGCAUCACCAUUUAGUGUGGAAAACUUUAUCUCAUAUCAUCAUGGUGCUGUUUAUAGAAUUUUUGAUAGUCAAAAUACGGUUGAUAUGGCACUAGAAUAUGUCGGACACAAGCAUUGUUGUGUUGUAUCACAGAUCAUCCUUCGAUCACCUCAAACAGGCUACUCUCCGCCUUGUCGUGAUGGUAUGGUCUUGAUUUCCCAUCAUCCAUUUAACGAACAAGAUACGAGACGAUUAGAUCACUUUACUAAGGCUGAUUAUGAAAGAUACCAAGAAACAAAUACCGAUGAAUUGUAUGAUGGGUCAUAUGGUGGUGAUGAUGAUCAAAUAGCUGCCUGGUUCCGGAUUACAGAUGAUCAGCCUGUUAUCGUCAAUUUAGGAGAAAGAUCUGGACGAUACAUUUUAAUCAAAUUCUUCCCUGCAGAACAUGAAUCCGCAAGUCUCGAUUUACAAUAUAUUGCUUUUCUUGGUUAUGUAGGUUCCCGCUCUUUUGCCAAGGGUCAAUUGUGUUGAUGAAGCAAUCCUCUCUCUCUUUUCA